CUGGAACAUCAGCUACAGUCUCUGAACUCAGAGCAGCUGGAGACACGUGUGCAGAACAAAAGGCUCCAGCACCUGAAUGAAAACUUGCUGGAAGAGCUGGAGAAAAGCAAAUGGGAGCUGGAGGCGGUGAAGGGUCAAUUACAGAAGCUCCAGAAAGAGACCCAGCUUGAGCAAGAGCAGAAAAACAGGGAUGUGUUUAGAGUCUCCAAGAACAUGCAGAAAGAGAAACAAAGCCUCCUUCGGCAGCUGGAGCUCCUCAGAGAGAUGAACAAGAAACUUCGAGAUGAGCAAGAUGCUUUUGAAGCCAAGAAGCUGGUGCCUCAGAGCAAAAAGCACCUGUUGAAGAAAGGGUCAGUGCUAGGCAGUUGCCCGAUGGAUGACAAGCCAGUCAAACGACAACUGGCCUCAGCAGACCUUCCCAUCACCUUCCUGGUGGAUGUGGCAGUGGAAGAACCCAGCAGAAAGAACUGUAAAUACUUCCCAGGCAACAGGACAUGGCUGGAGACAGGAGAAGGAGGCAGCACAAACUUCAGAGAGAAGAGCAGAGACAAGGAGAGAUGGUCCUUGGCAGCAGACACUGAGCGGUUGAAGAGGACUUUGAAGGGCGAUGCUGACUGUAGACAGAAUGGUGCUCUGCUGCCCCCUAGAGGACAGUGUGUUGGCACCGAAACCAGGCUUCAGGCACUGGAACCAGCCACCUGUUCCCCAGACCGCAUCUUUAAAGUGGUCUUUGUAGGGAACUCUGGCGUUGGGAAGAGUUCCUUCAUCCACCGCUUCUGCUAUGACAGAUUCUUGGCUGAGCUCAAUGCAACCAUCGGUGUCGAUUACCAGGUCAGGAGUCUGAUGGUGGAUAAUACACAGGUUGCCCUACAGCUGUGGGAUACAGCUGGACAGGAAAGGUUUCGGAGCAUUACCAAGCAGUAUUUCCGGAAGGCAGACGGGAUUCUGGUAAUGUACGACAUUACAGCAGAGUGCUCCUUCACGGCGGUGCGGAACUGGAUGAGCAGCGUCCAGGAAGGUAUCGAGGAUGGAGCUGUGAUCUUUCUGCUUGGAAAUAAAAUGGAUGCUGCACAGGGAGCGACUCGGAAUGUGCCCAAGGUGGAGGGGGAAAGGCUGGCGAAGGAAUACAAGGCUGUCUUCUACGAGUGCAGUGCGAUGAGUGGCUAUAACAUCAUGGAGCCCAUGCUGCACAUGGCCAGGUUGCUGGCAGCGCAAGAAGACAGGCAGAGGGAGAAUGCCCUGCACCUGGAAAAUGUCAGCAGGAAGAAAGCGUGCUGCACGUAA